UACUGUUGCAAGACCUCUGGACCGCUGGAUGACAAUCUGCACGUUGGACUACGGCGAUGUCUCAGUCGAACAGCGUCAACGUACCACUGAGAACGCAUGCCCCUAAAUUGGUAUGAUCUUCUCUGGUCUCUCCUUGUAGUCCAUGCAGGCAGUUUACGCAGAACAGUGAGUCAAGAUCAGGUACAUAGGACCUGCGAGCGGCGAGCCAACGAUGCAAACGGUUGUCGCGGUCAAGUCGCGGCUGUGGCAAACACAGACGACGAUCGGGAAUUGCCUUGCUUAGCGCGUCUGCGAUGGCUUGGCGGCGGCGACGUGCAGUGCCCGGCCCCGUCGCCUUCAAAUACCCCGCACACCGGCCUCACGCCCUCACCCUCUGCGUCUCAUACAUUCACUCAGUACCCAACCCGCACCACGCUCACAACACUAUGGACCGUGAAUUCGACGACGCAGCCAACUGGACUGGCCGCCAGGUCGGCGGCGUAGAGGGCGACGCGCGCCGCUUCGACAACGACGUGCGCGACGAGUACCGCGACACGCGCCAGGACUUCCGGGACACGCGCCAGGACGUGGACAACUUCGGGCGCGACGCGCGCGAGGACGUGGAUGACUUCGGGCGCGACACCCGCCAGGGCUUCGACCAGUUCGGGCGCGAGGCGCGCCAGGACGUCGACAACUUUGGGCGCGAGGCCGUCCAGGGCGUCGAGAACGCGCCGUACAACGCGGCGCGAUGGGCCGGUGACGAGGUUGGCUCGGCGGAGCGCGACGUGAAGGACGUCGGCGAGGGCAUCGUAGGUGCUAUCGGGGGUGCGAUUGGCUGGGCCGCGAGGAAGGCCGAAGGCGUCGAGCGCUUCGGCGAUAACGUUGAGGGCUCUUACGACCAGGGCAAGCAGGAGGGCGAACGCGAGGGGGGAUGGUGAGGUGCCCGAUAGGUUGUACCAGCAGAAGGACGAAUGUGUGGUGUGGAACAGAAUCAGUGACGAAGUCGUAUGCAUCUACUCCGGUCGCCAAGGUCGACCUCGAAGGCGGCCUCGAUCAUACUUAAGUUGGCUUGUCUUGUCUUAGUGUUUGGCCUUCAUGCGCUGGGUGUCCCGGACAGCC